GGUCAUUGAAGAACUUUCAAAGAUUCAAUCAUGACGUCACCUAAGCAAAUGAAAAUCGAAGCAGAAGGGUAUAUUCACCUGGUUUCUGACGUGAAACAAGGAAAGUACAAGAAAUACUUCACUGCUGUACUACAGGAAGCGACCAAAAACACAAAAAUGGUCAUCUUCACCCCGCAGAAACACAAUUGGUUUGUGUGCGCUGAAAAAGACAGGAGCCCAGUCAAAGUGGGAAACAUAACGCUGACUCCAUCACGGCAAAAUCAAGGAGAGAAUGACAUUUUGAUAAAUGAGCGUGCCCAGCUGACAUGUGUGCGGAACUUGGGCUUCUGUUUCGAUGAAUUGGCUCCAAAGGAUCAGCAGACCAGAUCAAUAAGUGACAUCCUUUCUGAUCCCAGGGAGCAUCAAAUAGUAAAUGUGGUGGUGAAAGUCUUGGAGCAGAGAGAAAAGGAGGAAAUAACGACUCGGACCCACAAAGUGAUGGACAAAACAGUGUAUGCUGUGUCUGACAAGACUGCCUCCAUCAUGCUCACUGUGUGGGGAAAUGAUGUGCUGGUGAUAGACAAAUGGUACACUUUUACAGAUGUGUCUGUCCGUUUUUUCAAUAACAAUGUCUUGCUGACAACCACACCACAAAGCACUUUCAACAUUGCUGAAGACGGAGGGGCAGCAUCACCAGCGGUAAAAAAUGACGCAAAACAUACAGUUGGAGAAAUUGUACAGGUGGAUGUGACAUCCACUUACUUGUGUCCACAGCGCCAUGCUGUAUUUGAUGUCAACCCUGCCACCUUAAUGACAAGGUGUGAGAAGUGCAGCAAAUACUGCAAGAACACUAAAUUGACCAGUUUGAUGAGGGGGACAAUUGUUUUGGAAGACGAAGAAAAAAACCAUGUUGAAUUCAUCUUAGACGACAAAUUGAUUCGCUCCUUAGUACAAAUUGACAACCAUGUUUUAAAUCAAUGUGACCACAUUGUGCAGAACAUCAUGCAGCAUGACAGAAUUGAUAUUACAGCUCGAGGCAAACGUGCCAUUGCUGUAUUGUUUUGUGAUGAUGAGCCAAAGCCAAGUACCAGUACUGAGGCAGAUAAGGAGACAACACAAAUAUGUGAACUACACCAGCCAAUGGGUUCUCCUAUGAUUCCCUCACCAAAUAGUGCUGACAGUUGGGAUCUUUAA